UCUUUAUUUUCUAAUUCUUCUUUUUCUGUGCAACCUAUUUUCUAAUUCAUCAAAACAUUAUUUAAGUUUGUUUUAGUUCUAUGUGGUUUGAUUCGAAGGUGUCUUGAAUAUACAAUGUCUCAGCUUCUCUUCCGUCUCUCCAAACUCUCGUCCCGGGAGAACAAUGUUCUUACACACAAGAGCAGUCGUUUGUUCUCAACCAGCCCGUAUCUGACACUUGGCACUAGGGUCAAAGAAGUUCUGCCCGGUGGCUGCAAAAUUGCAGAUGUUCUCUUGUUCGACCCGGUUGAAGAAGAGUUAGUCACCGUCCCCGACAAAACAAUUCCCAAAGAGCUCAUGGACCAAGAAAUGGUCGGUGCUUCCCAUGGAUGGGGAUUUUUCUGUGCUCGGCACGAUCGUUCCGUACGCAUCACCGACUUAUUCAACCCUUUGGCAUCCAAAUCAAACCCCACCGUGAUUACUCUUCCUCAGCUUACCGCUCUGCCCUCUAACCAAAUCGAAGAAGUCUGCAACGUGGCAAUGACAUCGUCCCCUCACCUUGAAGACUGUGUAGUGGCUAUCAAGUUCUCAGGUAACCAGAUGAGUUUGUGCAGGCCCGGUCGUGACCUUGAGUGGACUAACAUCUUGACCCCUCCUAACUGCUUGGAAAACUCAAAUCUUAUGUAUUCCAAAAGAGACAAAAAAUUCUACUUGCCUGCUCCUGGAGGUAAAUACUUGUUCUCCUAUCAUCUUCACUCCAAAGAAGAAGAUAUCCCUGAGGUCCAAGAGGUGGUCUACCGCGGCCAUCCAGAGUUGGAUCAGUCAGAAUGGGAGCUUUUGAGUUCGUGUACCAGGACGGAGUAUCUUGUGGAGUCACCCUUUAGUGACGAACGUUUCCUAGUCAAAUGGUAUGCACUUGGUUUCUACUCGUCGGUGUUGAAAGGAGUCUACCACAUAACAAAGAGGUUCAUGGUGUUCAGAGAGGAGGAGACUACAGAGGGAAGCAUCAUGUGUUACACUGAGGACAUUGGAGACAUGUGCAUUUUCCUUGCAAACAGCGAGGCUUUCUGCGUCCCCGCCAGCUCUUGCGCCGGCCUCAAACCCAACUCCAUAUAUCAUAUGGGACGUGGCUUAGGUUUUUACGAUCUCACUACUGGAAACCCACAUCAGUACCUAGCUCCUGAUGGUGCACCCAGCGUUCUCUCGCAACCUUACUGGCUUCCUCCUUUUUCUACCUAGAGGUAGUAGACUAGUAGUAGUAGUAGCUCUUGUUGUGUUUAACUCUUGGUUACUCUUGACCAGUUUGAAUUUCUUUAGAUAA